AUGAAGGUUGCCUCUCAAGCUGUUUAUUCCUUGCAUAAGACAUCUACUAGAGAACACAUUAAAAGGGCAGAGUUGCGUGAUUUUAAUGUGAAAAGUGCUGAAGUUAUAUGCGAGCUCCGGUAUGACCUUCUGAAGCUCUACAAGUUCCAUAAGCAAAAAGAGGUUGAUAUUGCGGUUGAUCUCUGGCGUUUUGAGCCCAGACAUGACUAA